AUGAGUGGACAAAAAUCCAAAUCAACAGUUCCAAAAUCAACUGUUCCAAAAUCAACUGUUCCAAAAUCAACUGUUUCAAAAUCAACUGUUCCAAAAUCAACUGUUCCAAAAUCAACUGUUCCAAAAUCAGCAGUUAGUGGUGCUUCAAGCAGAGCAACACUAUCGGGUGCUAUAGCACCAAGGCGUCGCAUGACUCAGAAUUACUUGGUGAUUUGGGUCGAUGGCAACAUCAACGAAAAUAAUAGUGAUUGUCGAAACACCCUGGCACAAUUACGCGCAGUGGUAAGUGAUGUGAAUGUGUGCACGUCACCAGAAGAAUGUGUCCAAUUUCUCAAUGAAAUUGAUGAUGGCAAAGCCUUCAUCAUUUCAUCGGGACCAUUGGGACAAGGCCUUGUAAAUGACAUCCACAGCUUACCAAAAGUGGAUGCCAUUUACAUUUUUUGUGGCAACAAAGCGCGCCAUGAAUCAUGGGCGAAGGAAUGGCCAAAGAUUCGAGGUGUUUUCACCUCGAUCAAGCCAAUAUGCGAAUCGCUCAAAAAGGUCGCUCAUGAGUGCGAUCACGAUUCGAUCCCCAUGAGCUUCGUUCCGAAGCGAUGCACGUCAGAUGUAGCCUCGAAUAAGGAAAAUAUUAAUCAGCUGCCUCCAGCUUACAUGUAUUCAGUGAUCUUCAAGGACAUCGUAUUAGAAAUCAAUGAUGACGAUGCCAAAUCUAUUAAAGCUUUAGAAAUUUAUUGCAAAAAAAAAGAAAUUCCUGACACAGAAAUAAAUGAACUAAAGCGUAAAUAUCACCAGAAAUCACCAGUAUGGUGGUAUACAUGUGAAAUGUUUCUGUAUGGCAUGCUCAAUCGUGGAUUACGAUUGCUUGACAUGGAAGCGAUGUCGAAGUUAGGCUUUUUUAUUCGAAGUCUUCAUCUUCAACUGAAACAAUUGCAUCAGGAACAAGCAACAAAUUUACAGAAACCAUUUACCGUUUAUCGUGGUCAAGGUAUGAACAAAGAAGACUUUCAGAAUCUACUAGAUUCACAAGGUGGUCUACUAUCGUUCAACAACUUUUUAUCGACUAGUAUGGAAAGAGAAGAGGCCACAUCAUUUGUUCAACGUGCCCUAAAGAGAAAUCCUGAUAUUGUGGGUGUUGUGUUUAUUAUGACAAUAGAUCCAAGUAAAAUAUCAACUUCAAUCACACCAUUUGCAAUGAUUGGUGAACACAGUGCUAUCCCACAAGAACAAGAAAUACUAUUUACAAUGCACACUGUUUUUCGUGUUGGUGAAAUUAAACGGACGGCUGAAAAUAGUCGUCUUUGGGAAGUACACUUGACUAUUACUGACGAGAGUGAUCCACAACUGGCUGGUCUUACUGAUCGCAUCAAAGAGGAAAUCAGCGGGAGAGGGUGGCAUCGAAUGGGUAAAUUAUUGCUUAAAGUGGGUCAUUUCGAUCAAGCUGAGGAACUCUACAAUGAAUUACUCGAGAAUGCUUCUGAUGAUAGUGAUAGGGCACAUAUCUAUCACCAACUUGGAGUGAUGAAAUAUCAUCAAGGUGAAUACCAACAAGCAGUUAAAUUCUUCGAAAAAUCACUCCAGAUAUGCAAGAAAAUUCUCUCACCAGAUGAUCCAGAGUUGGCUACUAUGUACAACAACAUCGGUGGAGUGUAUAGCAGCAUGGGUGAAUACUCGAAAGCACUGGAAUAUUACGAAAAAGCAAAUAAAAUCUUUGAAAUAUCUCUGUCUCCCACUGAUCCCGAUUUGGCUAUGUCCUACAACAACAUCGGUGCAGUGUAUAAAAACAUGGGUGAAUACUCGAAAGCACUGGAAUAUUACGAAAAAUCACUCAAAAUCAGAGAAAUAUCUCUGCCUCCGACUCAUCCCGAUUUGGCUACUUCCUACAACAACAUCGGUCAUUUAUAUGAAGAAAUGGAAGAGUACUCAAAAGCACUUCCACUUCUAGAAAAAGCACUUAGUAUUAAACAAAAGUCACUUCCUUCAACACAUCACAGCAUUAAGAACGUGUUGAAUGCUAUUGAUCGUGUGAAAAAGAAGUUGUAA